CUCCGGAGAUUAUAAGCUCAAAAAAGCCGAUCAGGUAGGGGGCCCCUGGGGGGCAUUUGGUAUUCUUCAGCAUCCCCAUCCCCCCAAUGCUCGCGUAGCCGACAAGGGUGAAUUCAGGAGAAGAAAGGAUCGAUGUGACCACAACAAGCGAUAGCUUUUCAAUAUAAGAGAUGGGUCAACACCACGGUAGCGGUAGCCACGUGGACGAGGGCGAGGCACACCCACCACUUGACGUUUUGUAGGAUCCCUUUUGUUUAUCCGACCUCGGUGCCACUGUCACUGUCACUCUGCCGAGUCCUAGGCCUACCUCAGCCUGCCGCCAUGCGCCCCCUAUCCUCCGGUCUACAUCUGCGCGCGUUACACCUCCUCCUCGCGUUCUGCACACCUGUCACCUCCCAGUGUCCCAACGGCGACCAGACAUGCCGAGUCUUGGCCUCUCGCUUACCAGACCAAGUAACCUUCCCAGGCGAUGAGGGCUACGACGCUUCCCUAUCAUCAUACGCCUACCUGCAGCAGCAGACGCAGUCUCCCUCUUGCGUCGUCAAACCGACCAGUGCCGCCGAAGUAGCCUUUAUCCUGGACGUGCUGCGAGAGUCGCCGUCCACCACUUUCGCCGUCCGGAGCGGAGGCCACGCGACGAAUCGCGGAUUCUCCAACAUCGACGGCGGUGUCACAAUAGACUUGGGCUCCCUCAACAAAGUCGACGUCCACGAUGAUGGUGUAACCGUCUCUGUCGGAACCGGUGCCACUUGGGGGCACGUCUACCCCGUCCUGGACGCCCAUAACAGGUCCCUAAACGGAGGUCGCGCAUCUGACGUCGGGGUCGGGGGCUUCCUUUCAGGAGGAGGAAUCGGCUUCUUCUCCCUCGAGCAUGGUUUCGGAUGCGACGCAGUGGUGAACAUGGAAGUCGUGCUUUCCAGCGGAGAUGUCAUCAACGCCAACGCCACGUCGCAUCGCAAGCUGUUCAAGGCGUUGAAGGGCGGCCAGAACAACCUGGGCAUCGUUACCCGAUGGGACCUCACCACUGUCCAUGUCCCCGAAGGCAGGAUUUGGGGCGGCACUCUGGUCUACCCGACCACCACCACCGAUGAGCAGCUGGAGGCUUUCACGAACUGGAAGACCGGGGCCGACUUUGACCCCCGGGCUUCCGCUGAGCAGAGCCAUGUGUAUAUCGGAUCGAUGGACCAGUUCCUCGUCGCCACCUCGCUUCACUACACCGCGCCCGUGGAGUUCCCGGAGAGUCUGAGGAACUUUACCGCUAUCCAGCCGCAGUGGGACAGCACGCUGCGCAUUGCUCCCGUGGCGGAAUUUGCGGCCGAAGUGCAGGCGCAGAGUACCCCGAACCAGUACUCCAUCUUCGCCACCACGACCAUAAAAAUCUCCCCCACCAUCCUAAAGACAGUCCAUGCCCUUUGGCAAGACUCCGUCCGCCACCUAUCGAGCGGUGCGACGGUGACAUCCUCCAUGACCCUGCAAUCCCUCCCGGCACCACCCCCCGCCGACGAACCCUACCGGGAAAACAGCUUCGGCUUCGACCCGUCCUCGACCCCGCAGAAAGACGACGUGCUGGUCCUGAUCUCCAACUUCUGGGACGACCCUUCCGUCGGGGUCGGCACACGGGUGCGGGAAGCCGCCAGGCGGUUCAUCGCCAGCGUGGACAGUGCGGCCGAGGCCGAGGGCCUGGCGAAGGAGUUCAAGUACAUGAACUAUGCGGGUGCUGGGUUCCAGAGCCCGCUGGAGAGUACGGGGCAGCUGGGGUUCCUGAGGAGGGUGGCGCGGUGUUACGAUGGUGUUGGCAUGUUCCAGCGGCAGGCUGUCGGAGGGUGGAAGUUUGAUGUGUAGUGGUUGCCUCUGUCUUGGUCUCGAUAUCGCAUUUCUUGGCCGUAAUCUUGACUGAAUAAUUAAUACGUUACGCCAUUG